AUGGACAACAGCUUUCCGCUUCCAUUUCAUCAAAACACACCAAAAAUAUCAGCAGCAGUCUUAAAAAAUCUAAGCAGUAUUAACAAAGCCAUUCCUAUAUCGUUGAAGGAGAUGAGGGAGCUCAUGCAUGAAUGCAAAGAUUUAGAGCCACCUGACGGAGCAAAUAACAAAACAAUAGGCGACUCACCAAAUCCACAAAAAAUUGAUCCAUGGAGUAUCAUCACUGGGAUUGUACCAGGAACUAAGUGGUGUGGGAAUGGAGACAUUGCCAGUACAUAUUUUGAUUUAGGCUAUUUCACAGAGGUAGACAAAUGCUGCAGGGCACAUGAUAUAUGCCCUGUCAAAGUUCGAGGAUUCGAAACACGUUAUAACAUAAAAAAUGUUUCCUUUUAUACAAAGUCCCACUGUGACUGUGACACAACUUUUUACCAAUGUCUGAAAGCUACACAACAUCCUGCAGCCAAUUUGAUGGGAAGAUUUUAUUUCAAUCUACUUAGAACCCAGUGUAUAGAAGACAUUCAAUCCAGCACAAGCAAUGAACCAAAGAGGAUAUUUCGACCUCCGAAACAUAUUUACUAGAAAGAUGAGAAGAAAGAUAUGACCACCCUUGUAUAUAUAUUUAUUUAUUAUAAAUAAUGAAAUCAUUAAUUUACAUAAUGUACAAUAUCUGUAUAUUUUGACAGAAAAUAAACACACAAUCU